AGUGUAGCUGCAAAUUUAGGUUGUGGUUAUUUCCAUUUCAGAGGUUACUCUAGAGCAAAAAUCAACGUUCCUACGCUGAUUUUUCUGAAAUUCUGUACAGGAUGUCCAAUUAGAGGGACUGCAUGUGACUGGUAAACCUCUUUAGGAUUAAGACAAGCGUCCCGUUCCAAAUUCACGGGGAUCCGUGUGGCCGUUUUUUUCCGACAAGCCCCUUUCUGCCUAGAAUCGGAGUUUAAGCCCCUUUCCGGGGUUGUUAGCCACCGUAAGUGAAAUCCUCGAAGAAAAGUCUCACUUCCGUGGUCUCUGAAGCAACUGUUUCACGGUACGGAACUUGCCCCGAAAAACUCUUUUGGGGUCGCCUGAUUCUCUUUGGAAGACUUGCCUAGGACGGUUCACCCCAUUUUUUUCUCCAAAAUGCGGAGGAACGACUCAGCCAACCUCUUGGAAUCUGAACACCACGAUCGCUCUGCGUUUUCCCAGACGGAUCACAACAUAGUCGCAGCCUAUUUGAUUACGGCAGGUAUAAUGAGUAUUGUCAGCAACGUGAUUGUACUGGGCAUCUUCGUUAAAUUCGAGGAGCUCCGGACGGCAACGAACGCGAUCAUCAUCAACCUGGCCGUUACCGACAUCGGUGUCAGCGGUAUCGGUUAUCCCAUGUCUGCUGCUUCGGACCUGCACGGAAGCUGGAAGUUCGGACACGCGGGAUGUCAGAUUUACGCUGGUUUAAACAUCUUCUUUGGAAUGUCAAGCAUCGGGUUGCUUACGGUAGUUGCCGUCGACCGUUACCUGACGAUCUGCAGACCUGCGAUAGGAAGAAAGAUGACUCGCUCCAACUACACGGCGAUGAUCCUGGCGGCUUGGAUGAACGGAUUCUUCUGGGCCUCGAUGCCCCUCUUAGGUUGGGCCAGCUACGCUUCCGAUCCGACCGGUGCCACCUGUACGAUAAACUGGAGGAAGAAUGACGCGUCUUUUAUUUCCUACACAAUGACAGUUAUUGCAGUGAAUUUUGCUGUGCCCUUAAUAGUGAUGUUUUACUGCUAUUAUAAUGUUUCCAAAGCCAUGAGACAAUAUCCAGCUAGCAGAGUCCUCGAGAACCUCAACAUUGACUGGUCAGAGCAAGUGGACGUCACAAAGAUGUCUGUGGUGAUGAUUUUAAUGUUUCUGAUGGCCUGGUCUCCUUAUUCUAUUGUCUGCUUGUGGUCUUCAUUUGGGGAUCCAAAGAAGAUUUCUCCUGCAGUGGCCAUUAUGGCCCCACUGUUUGCAAAAUCAUCCACAUUCUAUAAUCCCUGCAUUUACGUGGUUGCUAAUAAAAAGUUUCGGAGAGCGAUGUUGUCUAUGGUCCAGUGUCAGACUCAUCGGGAGAUAACUAUUACCGAUGUGUUGCCUAUGAAUAGGUCUCGAAGCCCACACUGACUUUGUGAAGGUUCUGAUCCUUACUGUGUUUAUUUACUUCACUUCCUUCGAAUCCAUUUUUUUUAAACUUGAUAAUGUCUCUGUUUAUUCUCUAAGCGGGCAAAAAAUGGGGAGGAUUCUCUGAAAAUGAUCUAAUUGGGUAUAUAUAUCGUUAGAUUAGACUCUCCUGAAUGCUUAGUAUAGUCCUCUACAUACGGUAAGCGCUCAAUAAAUAUGAUUGAUUAAUUUGGGUUGGUAUUUCAGAAUUUAUAUAUGUAUCGCCUUAGAGCUCUUUGAUCUACAAAAUUGCACAGUGAAGCUUAGGAAAACAAGUAACUUCCUUUCUCCACUUUUGGAGAAGCUUUAUCUGUAGUGUCAGAGCAGGAAGUACAGAAUGCAAAACUGGAUUUUUCAUUUAAUUAAUGAAAAGGAAGUAUAUUUAAAGAAAACAUUUUAAAUACAUUUGCAAAUGUCCGAGCAUGCUUUUUUCUGUAUCGACUCACCUAUUCCUAACUGGUUUUCCACAAUAACUCAACUCUUGAAGGAUUCAGUGACUCUUUCUCUUCAUUUUGCAAAAUAUUUUAGUUUUACGGUCUAAGAUUGAUACCUGAAGGAAGAAUCAACAAUUUAUGGUAUCUUAUUCAAUUAUUACUAAAAUCUUUUGUUGUUUCAUUGAAUUAUUUUAAAGUGACAUGUCUGGCAUAGGUGAACUUUCUUUCUAUAGAAAAACAAGGUAGGACAAGCACCAGUUGACUCUCUAAAAGAUCUUAAACAGUCAUCUUAUCUUCCUUCUAAAUUGUGGGAUAAAUGCAAAACAAGGUCAUUUAUUGAUUCUGAAAAUAAUAAAAUUUUUGAGUAUUAUUAUUUUGGGUAACCUGUGUGGUUUUUUGGGUCUAUUCUCAACUUGAAAUGCUUUCUUCAAUUGUCCAAAAAUCUUCACUCCGUUCUGGGAUAUCUUGGUCGACAGGAAA